GUAGCAAAGCAAUGUCUUCAGAGAGACGCCUAGUAGUUCUUGUGCUCUCAGUCAUAGUCUCAGGAGUGUGGUUAACUGAGAGCUCCGCCAAAAGCAGUGAAGAAGAGGACCAGGACUACGCUAUCAAUGAGUUCUUCAAUACAACUGACGCAAUUUGGGUUUUGAACACUACUCAGCCGAAUGCACAGAAAUGCCGAAUGGACGUGAACUAUAAUAUUACUGCGAACAUCACUUACUUCAACAGGUCCUAUGAAGAGAAUGGGUUAACCAUAACAGAAGAACUCCAAGGAAAAUUUGGCGUUCAUGAUGAUCACGGCAAUGUCUUCGACAUGAUUGAAGUGUCUGGAGAAAAAAGGGGAGUAUUCGAGGAAUUGUUAGAAUAUGCCAGCAAGAACUACACGUGCGGUGUCGUUAAAGUGUUCGCCUGGAUUAAUGACACUCUUCAGAUCUGGAGAGAUGUGCGUGUGAGAAAUCUCACGGACAGCGCUACAAGUAUUGAAGAGAAUUGCACGAACUACUUUGAUAAUAUUGUAAAGAAGUUUGAGAAAAACUGGACAUCUCCAUACGACGCUACAUGCAAAUGAGCAUCGCAGAAGAGCCUACUUUCUGUUAUGCUUGCCUGUUCUUGGCCUUAUUAUUACUCUUAUAAUAAAGCGUCCAAAA